AUGCAAAGCUUAGAAUAUCUUGAACCUGAAAGACUUUCUUUAAAACUUAAAAAUUCAGAAAAUAAAGAGAAAUUAGUCAUUGUAGAUGUGCGAGAAGAGGAUUUUAUUGGUGGGCAUAUUAAAGGUGCACUACAUAUUCCGUCAUACCAACUUCCAUCAGAUAUUUUAAAUCUCGUUCAAAAAACAAGAAAUGCAAAAGAAGUAGUAUUUUACUGUUCUCUUUCUCAGAAAAGAUACAGAGGGCCUGCAGGAGCUAAAUUAUUUUUAGAAACACAAAAAGUACAACAAAAUACAGAAAAUCUACAGAAAAAAGAAUUACCAAAUGUCUAUGUACUUCGAGGAGGAUUUAGUGAAUGGCAAAAAAAAUAUGGCGAAGAUGAAAAGCUGACAGAAGGAUAUAAUAAAGAGCUAUGGAAAGAAAAAUGGUAG